AUGGGCCAGGCACCAGUUGACAGUACAUUGCAAGAUAGAGAGCCACUCAAUUUCAACAUAGAAGCUGAACGUCAGAAAGCUACUGCUAUAAAUAAGAUCAAUCGAAGCGGAAUCAUAUCGGGCACCCGCAAUAACUCUACUGAAUCUAUUGUAAGUAAUGACAGCACUCACUCCAGUCUAACAAGAAAUUUGAGAGGAAUAUUUAGGAAGACCUCUAGUUUUGUGUCAGGCUUCAAAUCACAGCCCGAUUUCAGCGACUUAGGUCCUCUAACAUACACUCCAUCCCUCGCACCUGCGAGAGAAUUCGUUUUUCAAGAGGAAAGCCCCUGUGAUGAUAGGAAACUCGAAAAACUGUGUGCAACUCUGGAGUCUGGCAUUUGGCUAACAAAGAUCACUCGGAGAAAGAGGGUUUACUAUCAUUUCACGGUGAAAAAUGGGACGAUCUGUUGGAAGGAUGACAAGCACAUUGACCUAGACUCGAUCAAAGAUAUUCGUACAGGGGAGUUGGCAAAAAACUAUAUCGAGGAUUAUCAGGUUCCGUUAAAUUACGCUAGCAGCUGGAUAACCAUAAUUUAUCAAGUUUCCAAUAAGCUAAAAGCGCUACAUGUGAUUGCUGCGAACCAGGAAGAUUUUAGAAAAUUUUACUACGGCCUUCUCGGCAUUGUUAGUUCACGGCGGGAGUUAAUGAAAAGCAUAUCAGUACCAGAUAGUGAACAGUUUGCAAAUAUACACUGGAAGGCCAAUGUUUCCUUUAAUAAAGUUGAUGAAGAAAGAGAUACACUUUCUUUUGCGGAUGUAAGAAAAUUGUGUUCGAAAUUUAAUAUCUACUGUUCGAGUGAACACCUCGAAAAAUUCUUCAAGCUCGCUGAUAUCAAUUCAAAUGGUCUACUUAAUUUUGAGGAAUUCAGAAGAUUUGUUAAGUUACUAAAAAAUCGCGAAGAAGUUAAUGAGAUAUGGAAAUCACUGACUGGAAGUAGAGAUUAUAUGGAUUUUGCUUGCUUUUCAGAUUUUCUAGAGCGAGUGCAAGGGGAGACUUGUGACCAGGCGGUAUUUGAAAAAUUAUUCGACAAGUUCUGUACAAAUAAGGGUAUUUUGCAGGAAGAAGGGUUUUUAAAGUUUUUAACAUCCCAGCCAUACAUUGAAUACCACCAAGAAGAUUACUCUAAACCGUUAAACUAUUAUUUUAUUUCUUCUUCCCAUAAUACUUAUCUUCUUGGAAAGCAAUUAGGUGAAAAUCCGACAGUCGAAGGCUAUAUCCAAGUCUUGCAGCAGGGAUGCCGUUGCAUCGAGGUAGAUAUUUGGGAUGGUGAAGAGGGUCCAGUGGUUUGUCAUGGGAUGUUGACGGGGUCAAUUCCACUUAAAAAUGUUCUUGAGGUGAUAAGGAAGUACGCUUUCAUAACGUCACCUUUUCCGCUGAUAUUGUCCCUAGAGAUACAUUGUAAAAAAGAGAAUCAACUGAUUACGGAAGUUUUGCUCAAAGAGUUACUGGGUAGUAAAAUAUUCACUGGGCGGCCUAGAUCCGAAUUACCUUCACCACUAGAGCUUAAACACAGAAUCAUUUUGAAAUCCAAGAAAUCGAAGAUUGAAUUCACCACUACCACGGGAGACAUAACAAACUUAAUCUCUUCAUCUACAAGUUCCUCAUAUGACUCUGAAUAUGAUAUCAUACCUGAUCAAGGGACUAAAAGAAAAGGAAUGCGUAGACUAAGCCUUUCGAAAAAGAUUCAAGUCAGUGAAAGCUUGCUUCUGAUUUCUGCGAUACAUGGUCUCAAAUUCAGAAACUUUUCACUUCCUGAGUCAAAAACACCCGAUCAUUGUUUUUCGAUUAACGAAAAGAAACUUGAAAGUCUGGUAAAGGAUGAAAACCAAAGACUGGCAAUUGAUAAACAUAAUAGAAGACAUUUGAUGCGUGUUUACCCUCACGCGCUAAGAUAUAAAUCUUCAAAUUUUAAUCCUACAAAGUUUUGGAGGUUGGGUGUUCAAAUGGUCGCCACUAAUUGGCAGACACAUGAUCUCGGUCAGCAAGUUAACGAAGCUAUGUUUCAAGUUCCAUAUGAAAAAAACUCUUUGUGGCAUUCAGGGUACGUGUUAAAACCUCAUUACUUACAAACUGGUAUACACAAAGCUAGUGAUAUUUUGGAGUUGUACGAGAAUCUGGAACGUAGAGCAAUACGCCUCGAAAUCGACAUUUUAUCAGCACAACUUUUACCGAAAACGAGAGAGACAAAAGAAAGAGAUUUUUCUUUCAAUCCGUUUGUAAGCCUUGCAUUUAUUUGUGAUGGCUCUCCAAGACAAUCUUUAGAAGUUAUGAAUGGUGUUACAUAUACCGAGACGUCCGGGGCAACAAGCCAAUGUAAGGAAAAUGGCUUUAAUCCUAUCUGGGGAACAAAGUUCAAGAUCACUCUCAAAGAUGAUAAGCUGAAUUUCGUUAUAUUCACAGUGAAGGCUGGCGAUUCUAUUCUCGCCACCUGUUGCUUGAAGCUUGAACAUUUAAAAAGAGGUUAUCGACACCUUCCGCUGUACAGCAUUACUGGAGAACGUUACAUUUUCUCGACCCUAUUCAUUAAGACUAAUUACGACAGUUUAAAUUAA